AAUUGUGUUUGUUGAAAAAAAUGUGUCAGUUCUUAGGUCGCCAGGACUGCAUGGAAAGUCUCCAAAAAGAUCUCGCCGACCUUCAAUGUGCAAUCGCGGACGUCUUUUCCACAACUGGCCCUGUGCGUGUUUUCUCGUGGAAAUUCCCGGACAAACUCUCCUGUAAUCUGGAUUUGGAUCUGGAGCAAUACAGUUUUAUGGAUGAAGAGGAUGAAUUCAACCAGCAUGCUCACAUUGUUUUACUUGAAUUAGUGAUAGACAGGUAA